GGGGGUCGUUGUUGCCUUGCUUUAGAAGCUUGGAAGCGUGGCUUGGUGGAGCUCCUCCUCGCGCUGGGCAACAACAUACAUAGCUAGCAGCAGCAGGUUAUGAUCCGCUUUCACCGGCCUGGUUGCUCCGUCUGACGCGAAGCGUGCGAGAAUGGUAUCACGUUAGGGACGGACAGAUGGAUCAAUGGCAAGUGUGUGUUACUUAUCAUGUCGAUGCGGGCUGUGCUAUUAACGCCAUUAGAAUCAUGUCAAUGCGGAACUUGUCAUUUAUAAGGCGGGAUGAGUGGCACGAUUGAAGAGCUCGUGGUUGAUCACUCUCUGUGCAAUGCCUUUUGCGCGUGGAGAGGGUUGUAGUUUCUAGAAUGGCACUCUGGGCUUAGCGCAGUGCCAAAGGCAGUGGAGGAGGUUCCUAGAGGACACCGGAGUUGUGUAGGAGGGCUAGAGUGGGAUUCAUUUGGGGACAUUGGAGCGACGCGGGAAAAUGUAUGAGAAGUUUGACACCGGCACUGAUUCCGAUCAAGCUUUUUUAUUUCGCCUGUCGCUUUGUUCACACGAGAAGAAAUAUAUAGCUGGCACGACGGCCGGCUCAUAUUCUUCACUGUUCUGCACGGUUGUGGCGGGUGAAGAAAUGCAUUAUUAGAGAAGGGAUAGUUUGGAAGUAAGGAACAUGGAGCAGGAACUAGUUGCAGUGGCUGCUUCCCCUGCUAAAGUGGAGCCAGAAUCGACUACAAAGGAGAAGCGGAAAGAAGUGCUACAGCUCGUCCAAAAAGAUAACCCCCUUACCAAGAAAGAGUUGGACUUUUGUGAUGACGCCUGCGUAGACCGGUAUUUAAAAGCUUGUGGAAACAGUGUGCGGCGGGCUGCGAGAAUGCUCAAAGCUACCCUUAACUGGCGUGACAAAAUCGAAAUUGGCUACAUGAUAGCGGACGAAUUUCCAGCUGACAUAGCCGCAGGAUCUGCUUAUGUAGCUGGUCAUGACGAAGACGGUCGACCAGUCUUGGUUAUCAAGAGGAAGCCCGAUCACAUCUUGAAUCAUACUCAAAAACAAUAUCUUCGAUAUCUGAUCUUCACAAUGGAAGUAGCGCUGGCUGCAAUGGCUCCAGGAGUUUAUCAAUGGGUGCUUAUUUUUGAUGCUCGAGGAUAUUCAAAAGCUAGCGCUCCAUCACCUAGUGGCAUUCUCACGACUUUGAAGAUACUCUCAGAUCAUUAUCCAGAGAGGCUGGCGAAGGCUUUCAUUGUAGAUGCUUCAUCCAUGUUUUAUCAUAUUUGGAAGGGGAUGUGUACUUUUGUUGACCAUCCCACGAGAGGGAAAUUACAUUUUGCCUACACCAAAGAUUACAAAGGAACUUUAAAAUCACAGCAGAGCUCCAAAGCUGUUCCUUUGUCUCCGUCUUCUGACAGUGCUCCGCGAAGAUCAUCAAAUGCUUGUGCCGACGAUUUCAAAUAUCUUACGUCUCCUCAGUCCACUGUACAAGGCCGAAAUGACAUAUCUCUACCAACAGUUUAUGAUGCUAGUCCGAAGAACAAUUGUCAAGGGCAAACUCGUGGCAAGCUGUCAGAUGGCCCUGAAUUAAUUCACAGUGUUCGGACAAGAUCUUUCUCAUUCUCCUCGAUCAUUACCAUGUCUUACACUGCACCUGAACCACGAGAUGGUGAAUCCUCUAGUUUUAGGAAAGAACCAGAAGAGAUAGUUGACGAACCAAAAGUUGUGGUCACGUCAUCUGUUAGACCAAAACUCACCAGAGCACCCUGGGAUGGCCUUGUUUCCAUAUUUUACUCGCAGAAGAAGGACGAACACAAGAAGCAGAAUCUUUCACGGAAGGAGGAAGAACCCGUGGCAUUGGACGAACCGACGAAGGAUGAAUUCAAAAAAGAGGAACACAGAAAAGACGACAACGUGAAAGAAGAACAGAGGAGGGAUGAACAGAAAAUUAGGUCCCUAGAUUCUUUUCUGCCAUACUUAAGUUUUGUCCAGGAACCUUACAAUGAAGAAUCAUAUAGGGCAUUGAUGAAGCCUCCCCUUGGUGGGCUGGCCAUGAUAAUUUCUACUGAACUAAACAGUAUGGACAGCUUCUAAGUUUCUGGUAGAUCAUUUCUAUGUGCCCCAUUCAGUAAUGUUUGAGCCAUUGUGGAAUGGCCUAGGUAGACUUCCAACUUUUUGUAUUUGUGUACAUUCACAGGCAAGUCAUGUCAGCUUUGCUCUACAUGAAAGGAAGAUUAUUAAAACA